AUGCUAGGCCAAUGGGUGGCACCCGUGCUUUUUGAGGCACGACAGCUGCUGACUGGGCUUGCGGGAAACACUUGCGGUGGUCCGGCUUGGGGAACGAUCAUUCUUUGCAUCCUCCUGGCUUUUAUUUGCGGCUGCUGCUGUGGUGGAUUCCUGUCCCUGGUCGCCCUGUCAAGCAACUGCAGGCGGCUUCUGCACGGGCUGGCCCGCCUGAUCCUCACUGAGCUUUGGGUGGUGCCGACCGCCCACCUUACUGCUGAGCAGCGGCUGGCCGACGAGGAGGGCUCCGACUUGGAGUCCUUGACCAUAGCCUUUGGGGGGCUGGACAUCACCAUCCGAAGGCGGACCUCGAGGGCCGCCCCUUCCACGGACGAGGAGUUCGUGGUUGUUGAAGCGGAGCCGGCCGAGGAGCGCGCGGCUACUGACGACGAAGUGCUUGCGGCGAUCACUGCUGAGGCCCUUGGUCGCCUUCAUCUCCCUGAGCUUGAUCCCCUUGCCAGGCGUCUUACUGGUGCUGGUGGCGAGUGGAGCGGUGCUGCUCGGGUUGCCCGCGCUUACCGGGCCGGGGUUGGAGCCAAACGCUUCCUUGCGGGCGACGGCUCCAAGAUCUGGUCUCCUCAGACCAGUGGCUUGCGGAACGUCUACUACGUGGUGUUGCGAGCCCCGAACCAUCCGGACGGAUUCUGGACUCGGAGCUUCUCGAUCUACUCCGAGGCUGUGCAGGCUCGCUACGGGCCGAAGGGAUCCUUUGACAAGGAAAGCGCUUCUCACGCUUUCGCUACGCAGGCAGAAGCGAUGGCCGGCACAGCGGCCGUGAGGCGACCUUUGGGUCGCGCCGGUGUGGAGGCGCAGGUGGCAACCGUUCAUCCGGAUCGACCGCUGCCACCGGCCUACCUGGUUCUGGCGGGUGCUGGCGAAGGAGAUCGAGACGAUUUCGCUGUGGCCUUCUUGUUGCGGGUGCGGGCGAAUGGCUUCAUGUUUGCGGUCCCGGACGUGCCCCGUGUGAGGGAGUAUGUGGAGGGCCUGACCAACGAGGAGGACGAGCCCCUUGUUCUCUCCCACCGCGAGCAAGUUCAGGCCGAGACGGUUCGAGGGCGGCACUUGGGCCCUGCACAUGUGCUCUUGCUGGACAUGCCGUGGGCCGGUGUGGAGCACUUGGUCUCCACUCAGGCCUUGCGUGGGCUUGCAGACCGAGCCGCGAGGGUCGUGACGCUUACUGUUGGGACCACGCCGGCCCGACCAUGUGCUGCCGACACCGUGGACGCUGCUGCGAGAUGGGUCGACCGUCUGGACCCCGACACUGCACAAGAGUACUGGGCCACUGCUCAGGAAAUCGACCCGCUCGACUUGGAUGGAGAGGGACUUACGGACGGCCCCGAGCCACCGGCACCGGCUGUGCGGCCGCCCCCGGCGGCGAGGACUCUUCCUGCAGCCGCUCGGGCUUCGCAAGCGGCGCCGCCGACUGGGACUGGAGCUUUGUUUGGGCAGGGGCCGGGCUUGACCGAGGCCGAGCUGGUUCGACUACGGGCUUUGGCGGGCACCGCGCCCCCGCGUACUGGAGCAGUGGAGCGCCAGCCUCCCGCAGGAGCCGGCGCGCUGGAGGACGAUCUGCAAGCGGAGGCGGGCUUGGAAGCAUUGCCCCCCGCGGACGUCGAGGACCCGGCGUUGGAGGCGCAGAACGCGCUUCUCAUCUCGAACCUGGCUGCGAACCGGUCGGCAGAUGGGAUCCAGGACGCUCUGGCGGGAAGCGACUCGGCCAGCGCCAGCGACGCCAGCGGCGGGAUCAAAGGACAUCUUGCUCGGGCCGCCUUUGUGAAGCAGGUGUCGGAUGCCAAGACCGCCGCGGCUCGCAUCGAGGCGAACGCUUUGGCAGAGUUGGGCCUGACGCAGGCCGAGCCGGGGCUGAUGCGCAGUUAUGUAGAACAGCGAAUGCCCCUGAACGACCACCGGACCCUGCAUCACAUAGCCGCUCUAGCUUCAUACGGUUGGGAGACGGGCUUCAAAAGCCAGAACCAGGAGCUCAUGGCCUUUGCGGGGCGGGUGUUGAUGUUCACAGAGCAAGCCGCGCUAGACGGGGGAAAGCUUCAGAUCGGGUAUCUUCUUUCAGGGUAUCCCGACCCGAACCCCUUAAGCCUGACCACCCGCCGUGCUCCCGGUCUUCGCUCCUUCAGCCGCCUGGCUUGCCCCCAAUGGGUUGCAGCGAACCUUGCUUACAUGAAGGACCUAGACUAUGCCGAGACGAGGAUCGCACAGCUCGGGGGCCGGCCUUCGCAAGCUCCGAAGGGAACCGGCAAAGGAGCCGACGCAGAGGAGGAAGCCGAGAAGCCCCGACGGCCACCACGACGGCCCAAGAACGCCGAUGCAAGUGGCGAUGGACUGGCUGCACCCGAAGCGGCAGUCGCUUUCGACGACGCCGGCUGUGCCCGAGUCGGCGACCCGAUUAGCCAAGCCCAGCAGCGAGUCCUUGACCAGUUGGAGCUUCAGCUUGAUCACCUUUUCCGUGUGCCAGCCUUUGCCGCGGAUGAUCUCGGCCGAGUCGAUUGGUCCGAAGCGGUAGGGAUUUUCUCCGUUGCCAAAAGCGCCACCCAUGACAGGACCCUAGCGCCUGGCUGCCUUUUGACGCUACUGAGUUUAGAGCCGCAGACCGCUUUGCGUUUUGGAGCCGAUGAUCUAUCCGAUUACUAUUACACGUUCCAGAUCAGCGAAAAGCGUGCUGUGCGCAAUAGUUUGCGAUGUGCGUUCCAGCCGGAAGAGCUGGUUCACUUCGAAGCGGCCAAGGGUUGCAAUCUAGAGGGUCCUCAGGUUUUAUCGCUUAAUACGAUGGCGAUGGGUGACAGCUUGGCUGUCGAAGUGGGCCAAGCCGCUCAUUUUCAAGUCCUUCGUCAGCACGUAGGAUCUCUUUUGCCGAGUGAGACUCUGCUUUACAGAUGUGCGGUCCCAAAGUCAGACACAAUCGAGCUGCUUGCAAUUGAUGAUCAUGUGUGUCUGCAGAAGCUCCCUCUGGACCGAAUUUCAGGCGCUCCUUUCCUGCGCGACAGUGCCAUUCUUGAAAGCUCUUCGGUCGCCUAUAAACACGUAGGGUUGGUUGCCAAUGACUCUAAGAAGAGGCGGAACCUUACUGAAGGUGUUGUUUUAGGAGCUGAACUUGAUGGCGUCCGCGGUUUGGUUGGGCCACCGAGGGAUCGCGUCGUGAGCCUCGCUGCACUUAGCAUGGUGAUCGCAAAAAGAGGGCAUGCCACGAGAGAGUUGCUCGAGAAGGUCACCGGUUGCUGGGUCCAUGCUUUGAUGUUUCGGCGUCCUGUUUUCGCAGUGCUUGAUCAACUGUUCCGUGAGGGGAAAGAGCAUGCACGAAACAAAGUGUUCCGGAUGUCGGGGCAAGCACGGAAUGAGCUUCAGAUGUUGGCCUGUUUAUGCAGCACUCUUGUGACAGACCUCCGUGCUCAGCCCGAUCCCGCUCUCUACUGUUUGGAUGCGUCGCCUUAUGCCGGGGCCGUUUGCAGUGCGGCUCUAGGCUCAGCCGCCACAGCUGAACUUUGGAGGCAUGGGGAAAUGCGAGGAUACCACACCAGACUUGAGUCCAGUGUCAGUGCACUCUUGAGUGAGAAGGGCAUCGAGCAUGAAGGCGAUAAGCUUUUCGGUGCUAGCUCCACCGUCCCAGCUGAGUUCCAGCACGUUGUGCGCGAGUGGCACUUUGCAGGGCCGUGGGGUGAUCUCAGAAGUCUCUCUUCUGGCCGCGCUUCGGAAACGGCGCUGUGUUCUGACAAGGCAAGAGCGACCGCCCGUCGUGCCGCCAUGGUUCUUACGGUCGCUGCCCGGUGCGGUCAGUUCGUUUCGGCUGAACAGCCCGCGGGCUGCCGAGGCUUCUCUUUGGAAUGCUAUCGAACUUUGGUUCGCCUGGGUUGCGUGGUGACUGCUACCUGCUUUUGCAGCUUUGGGAGCCCCUACAAAAGAGGCUUCGAGGUUCUUCACAACAAGCCCUGGCUUUGCACACUGAGACGUUGCUGCACUUGCGGGUCCGGCUCACACUGGGGCGGCUCAGGAACCUUUGGAGUUGAAGAGCUGGCGGCCUUCCACCGACGCUGCAAGCCUUCGCUAGAGCGUGUGUACCAUCGGGCUCCGGACCUGGGCGAGAGCUUUGCUUCUUUUGGCACAGUGUUACCAGUUGGGCUUGCCACUCGAAUCGGGGCUGGCUCGGCCGCUUGCAGCCGUGGCUUCGUGCCGGGGCUGCCUCUUGCAGUGAGACACCAGACUGCCCACCGGUUUGGCGUGGAUGUGGGCCUGCAGUUGCUUGAUGGUUGCCGGAACGAGCCCUGCUUCCCAGAGCGGCCGUGGCACGAGGAUCCUGAAUGGGUUUCUGAGUUGUGCCGCUCGCUCCGCUUUCGGGAGCUUUUCCGGUACCCCUUCAAGAAGGCCGGACACAUCAAUGUCAAUGACAACGUGGCGGAUCCCCCGAGUCGAGGGCGGGACGUGCGGCCGCCAUCGGUCGCCGAACCGCGGUGGCUGCAGGAGCUGAAAGCUGGACGGCUGGAAAGCUUCGAGGCCGUUGCUGCCGCGUCUCGCAUUGCCAAAAAUCCAGCGAGGUGGCUUCGUUUCUUGCUUUUGCUGGCUGGUGACAUCGAGCGAAAUCCGGGGCCUCUCGAGCCGAGCCGCCGCGCUCGGGGUCCGCUGGACUUGGACGCUGGCUUCGCUGCCAGCACUGCACACAAAAUGGCAAAGAGCUUUCGAGGCUUCCUGCUUUGGUUGGCUACCACGGCAAACCUGGACUCUGCCAAAGUCUUUCGCUGCGCGGAGUCUACAGCGCUGGCCCUUCGAGGCUACGGGCUCCACCUCUUCCAGGAAGGCUACCCCCGUUACUUGUUUGUUUACGCCAUUACGGCUGUUCAGGAUAAGUUUCCUCAGCACCGGAAUUUCUUGACGGCUGCAUGGCAAAUCGACAAGAAGUGGCAAAGGGCAGAGCCGGGGUCUUGCAGGCCGGUGCUUCCUGUAGCGGCGGUGCGGGCCGCGCUGAGUCUGGCGCUUCUUUGGGAUUGGCAUCGCUGGGCUUGUUUGCUGAUAAUAGGCUUCCUGGCCAUGCUUCAUCCUGGUGAGUUGGUGCUUCUUACAAGGCGUGACCUGGUUUUUCCUGAGGACACUUUGGGCCACACGACGAGUUUGUUUGUGCACUUGAGGCACCCGAAGACCAGCCGUUUUGCACGCCGGCAACACGGUCGCAUAGACGAUGCGGCCGCCAUCGCCUAUGUGUACUCGGUCGUCCACGGGCUACGCAUGGACGAUCGUAUUUACCCUGCUUCACUUCACAGUUUCCGUCGCCAGUGGGACGCUGUUUUGAGCAGGCUGGGGUUGCCGGUCCGUGCUGCUGCCAAGGGGGCCACGCCAGGAGUCCUUCGGGGCUCCGGUGCAACGCACUUUUACAUGUGCACUGAGAACAUUCCCUUGUUGGCUUGGAGAGGUCGCUGGGCUCGUGUCAAAACCUUGGAGUACUACUUGCAGGAGGUCGCUGCCCAGGUUCUUCUUAGUGAGCUUGACCCCUCGGCGCGCGAGAAGAUCAAGCUCCUGGAUAAAGCAGCCGACAGCCUGCUUUAUUUUUAUAUGGGUGCUACGCAGGAAUGA